AAAAAUGGAAAAAAAGACAACAAGCAAUGAGACUGAGCCGCUGACUUCCAAGAAAGAUGUCUCAGACUGUAAUGAAGGAGAAGAUUGUAAAGAGAACGGACUUCUGGUCAGGAACCCUAAAUCUGCCCUACGGCUAGUGGAGGAUAGCAAUAAAGUCCAUCCCAGCCAGGGAGAUAAAGGGGAGGCAGCUCAGAUCUCAAAUGGUUAUUCAGGGGUUCAGAGCUCUGUUCCCUGCAAUGGAAUGGGAGAGGUGGAAGAUGCCCAGUGCACUGCCCCAGCAGCUACAACCACCACUACAACCACCACUUCUACCACCUGCGGAGCAGAAGGACAGCAGCAGCUGAUGGAGCUAGAAGACAGAGAGACCUGGAGUAAAAAAAUUGACUUUCUACUCUCUGUCAUUGGAUAUGCAGUGGAUCUGGGAAAUGUGUGGAGAUUUCCUUAUAUAUGCUAUCAAAACGGAGGAGGAGCAUUCCUCAUUCCUUACACAAUUAUGGCCAUCUUUGGAGGGAUUCCUCUCUUCUAUAUGGAACUAGCACUAGGACAGUACCACAGGAAUGGGUGUAUUUCAAUUUGGAGAAAAAUAUGUCCUAUAUUCAAAGGAAUUGGCUUUGCCAUCUGUAUAAUAGAUCUUUACGUAGCCUCCUACUACAACACCAUUAUGGCUUGGGCCUUUUACUACCUCGUAUCCUCCUUCACGGCGGAGCUGCCAUGGACUAGCUGCACAAAUGCUUGGAACACAGGCAACUGCACUAACUACUUCAGCAAGGACAAUGUCAGCUGGUCCCUGCACUCCAUCUCUCCCGCAGAAGAAUUUUAUACCCGCCACGUUCUACAGGUGCACAGGUCCAAUGGGCUGGAUGACCUGGGGGGCAUUAGCUGGCAAUUGACCCUCUGUUUAUUGUUAAUCUUCACCAUUGUAUACUUCAGCAUCUGGAAAGGGGUCAAAACAUCUGGCAAGGUGGUAUGGGUGACUGCCACAUUCCCUUACAUCAUACUCUUUAUCCUGCUAGUGAGAGGUGCAACUUUGCCUGGGGCUUGGAGAGGUGUCCUCUACUACUUGAAACCUGACUGGCAGAAACUCCUGGCCACUGAGGUUUGGGUGGAUGCAGCAGCUCAGAUUUUUUUUUCCCUUGGUCCAGGUUUUGGGGUCCUAUUGGCUUAUGCCAGCUACAACAAAUUCCAUAACAAUUGCUACCAAGAUGCUCUGGUUACCAGUACCGUGAACUGUGUGACUAGUUUUGUGUCUGGAUUCGUCAUCUUCACUGUGCUGGGAUACAUGGCUGAGAUGAGGCAUGAGGAUGUGUCAGAGGUUGCCAAAGAUACUGGACCCAGCCUUCUCUUCAUUACGUAUGCUGAGGCCAUUGCAAAUAUGCCUGCUUCCACUUUCUUUGCCAUCAUCUUUUUCCUGAUGUUACUCACGCUGGGAUUAGACAGCACGUUUGCAGGACUAGAGGGAGUGAUUACUGGAGUAUUGGAUGAAUUCCCGCAUGUCUGGAGCAAACGCAGGGAAUUGUUUGUCCUUGGUCUGACCAUCAUUUGCUUUUUGGGGUCAUUAGCAACCCUGACAUUUGGAGGCGCAUAUGUGGUAAAGCUGUUUGAAGAAUAUGCCACUGGUCCAGCUGUCUUAACAGUUGUGUUUCUGGAAGCAGUUGCUGUGGCCUGGUUCUACGGCAUCACCCAGUUUUGCAACGAUGUGAAAGAAAUGCUAGGCUUUACCCCAGGCUGGUACUGGCGAGUUUGCUGGGUAGCAAUUAGUCCCAUCUUCCUUCUGUUUGUCACUUGCAGCUUUCUGUCCAAUCCUCCUGAGCUACGGCUUUUUGAUUAUAAUUAUCCCCACUGGACCGCAGUAGUGGGUUAUUGCAUAGGAACCUCUUCUAUCAUCUGUAUUCCAAUCUACAUGGUUUAUCGGUUGAUCAUCACUCCAGGAACACUUAAGGAGCGUAUUCUGAAAAGCAUUACUCCAGAAACAGCUACAGAAAUUCCUUUUGGAGACAUCCGCAUGAAUGCAGUAUAAGCUAACCUGUUUUCUGGGGAGAGAGAGGAGGAGCAUAAUAUGUAACUUUCCCCAUACUCUCCCCCUCAACGAAUUACAUUUCCAGCUGAGACAACAAAUGGAGGAGUUUUCUGUGGAGGUUGCGUCGCUGACAGUGGGCACUUGG